AUGGAACCGGAAAUCAAAAGCAUCUUAGAUAUCUACAAACAAUGCCAACGAGUGUUGAUUCGGGAUCUUUAUGAUUCUCAAUCUCAAUUAAAACACGUACGAAUCAGAUUUCAUCAUGACAACAAUCGUUGUUUCAUUGAGUUCUCUGAGUCAUCAACCAUGAGACCAGUUGAUGAUGAUGAUCAUGAUCAUCAUAGGAACAGCAAUUACCUCAAUAUACUUGAGAAGCUUCAAACUCUUUUUCAGCCUUGUAAUGAAUUUAAUUCGCUUGGUGUUAAGAAAGAAUGUGCUAAAUGCAAAGACGAUUUAUUGUGCUGCGCCCUGACAAUAUUGUCGACUAAAUACGAUAGAGUUUAA